GUGGCCCACAACGCCGAGGCCGACCAGGGGCUGCACACCUAUCGGGUGGGCAUCAAUCAGUUCGCCGACAUGACCGAUGAGGAGUACAGAUCGCAUUUGAACCUGCGCAUCAACCCGGCCUAUUUACAAAAUUUGACCGAGGUCGAUGAGCGUAUCGAUGGUACCGCCGACCCGGCCAGUAUCGACUGGCACGCCAAGGGCAAAGUGGCCGCCGUUAAAGACCAGGGUCAGUGCGGCUCCUGUUUCGCCUUCUCGGCCGUCGCCUCCAUUGAAAGUCAAUACGCUAUCGCUACGGGCAAAGCGGUGCCCGACCUGUCGGCCCAGCAAAUCGUCGACUGCAUCCACUCGGGCGGUGACGUGUGCCAAACCGGUGGCGACCCCGUGGGUGCCCUAAACCUGGUAAUCCAGGAAGGUGGCGUCGAGACCACCCGCGACUAUCCCUACCACGCUCGUAUGUCUAGCUGCGUGUACUCUCGUAGCAAAGCAGCUGUCUCAAUUACAGGCGUAAAAACCCUGCAAACCGGUAACGAGAAUACCCUGAAAUCAAUGGUUGCCGGACAGCCAGUGGCCGUCGCCAUCGACGCUGGUCACUCUGGUUUCCGUAACUACCACUCCGGUGUCUACCAAGAUUCAGCAUGUCACACCCAGGUGUCUGGCUUGAACCAUGGUGUUUUGGCCGCUGGUUAUGGCUCGGAAAAUGGCCAUGAUUAUUGGCUCAUCAAGAACUCGUGGGGAACCGGUUAUGGUGCCAAUGGUUAUAUCAAGAUGGCCCGUAACCAUAACAACAACUGUGGUGUAGCCUCAAUAAACAUGAAGCUCAUUAUAACACUGGCAGCGGUGGUAGCGAUGGUCAGCGCAGUGACCAUAAGCCCCGACGAGAUUGAGAGCGAGUGGCAAAAAUUCAAGCGUGAAUAUCGGACCAAAAACACAUUGACCGCAAUGACUGCCGCGGAGGCCGAGAAAGAGGAGCCCAAACGGCGCCAGAUUUUUGCCGACAACUAUCGGACAGUUGUCGAACACAACACCGAAGCGGACGCUGGGCUACACCCCUACAGGUUGGGCGUCAACGAGUUUGCCGACAUGACCGACGAGGAGUUUAGGCAAAAGUAUCUGGGUCUGUUGCCGCCUAAACCGAAAUGUGAUUAUCUCGAAAACUAUUUGAGAUAA